CAGGAAGGGAGCGGAGGGCGGGCGCGGAGCCGCAGCUCCUCCUCCUCCUCCUGCGCCCCGGGGCCGGCGGCGCUGGGAGAGGAGCGGCAGCGGCGGGGCCCCAUGCGGCGGCCGGGACGGCGCUCUCCGCCGCCCGGCCCCAGCAGCAGCAGCAGCAGCCGCCGCCGCCGAUGACCUGGACCAGCAGCAUGAGCAGCGGCUACAGCAGCCUGGAGGAGGAGGAGUCCGAGGAGUUCUUCUUCACCGCCCGCACCUCCUUCUUCAGGAGGCCGCCGGGCAAGAGCCGGGCCGCCCCGCAAGAUGUUCAGAAGGAGAGAGAACCUCAUGUUUGUCUCAGUAAAGAAGAAGUUAAAGAGAAGAUACAAAGCUAUAAUUCAUCUGUCACUGAUAAAUUAAAGAUGACCUUGAAUGCGAAUGGGAUUUACACUGGCUUCAUCAAAGUUCAGAUGGAACUAUGCAGACCGAUCACUGUGCAGUCUUCCCAGAGCCAGGGGAGGUGUGCUCACGGCAAUAAUGAAACUGCUUUUUACUUGCCGGAUGGCUGCGUGAAUACCCUUCACAUCAGCAGCACCAAUACUGUUCGUGAAGUUAUUGAGGCCUUGCUCAAAAAGUUUUUCGUGGCUGACAACCCUGCAAAGUUUGCACUUUAUAAACGCUGUCACAAGGAAGACCAAGUUUAUACAUGCAAGCUGUCAGACCGGGAGCAUCCCCUCUACCUGCGUUUGGUGGCAGGCCCCAGAACAGAAAUGCUCAGUUUUGUUCUACGUGAGCAUGAAACUGGAGAAGUCAUGUGGGAAGCUUUUAGUAUUCCUGAACUGCAAAACUUCUUGCGUAUACUGGACAAAGAGGAAAAUGAGCAACUGCAAAUCUUAAGGAAGCGUUACGCAGCCUACAGAGACAAACUUGAAGAAGCCCUUGGUGGGGUGUGGAAACCUGGUUAAAAGGGGGCCAAAGGACACUCAGGAAAAAUGCACGCUACCAAAUGUCAAUAUAGCAUGCCAAACCCAACGUACAAAGAGCAGCAGAGAGUAGUUUUCUUUAUUCGGAAGACUGUUUUGUGAUGCCAGGGUACCUGAAUUUUGCUAUAGACUUAGUUCCAUAAGCCAGGUCACUUAGCAUCUUGCACCCACAAGUAAGGGAUUCUGCAUGUUUGUACAUCAGUUUGCAACCCUCUCUGUGCCUGGAGAGUUUUCCAAGUUAUCUUGGUGCAAGCUGUGAAACUGUAAUCAAUUUUCUAGGAUGCUAUGAAAUAAGAUUUUAUUUUUGUUCUUUGCUUUAAUGGUAGCUUUACAAGUAAGGGUGUGCAAAUUGAUGGGUUAAAAAAAAUGAAUAAAACGGUCUGGACAAGAAUUAGUUGGAGCACUAUCUUUGAGAUGGAAUUGAUUUGCACUACCUUUCUGUUUUCAAAUAGUUACUGUAUAAUUUGUGAGGGAACUGUUAUAGAUGGAAGGCAUAUGAGAUCUUGUGGUUUGUUCUGUGAAAUUUGUGGAAGGCUUUAAAGUGGUCUUUCUGGAGAAGGUAAAGAGAAAGUUGAAAAGAAGGUAAGAGUUGAGGGAGGAGAAGUCUAACAGCUGACAGAGGAGGACUGGUUUUAAAUGGAAAUAGUAUUUAUACAGAGGAAAGUUAAAAUACUAAUUCUACAAGAUUAAAGUUUUAGGAUGUUAUAAUAUUGUGAAUAAGUUUUAUGGUUUUUUUUAACUGCAUAAAUCCACACUGGAAAAGAAAUAAAGAUAAUAGAAAUAAUGGGAAGGAAUGAGAGGCAAAAGCUAAAUAAGAAUGGAAAUGGAGCUGCACAUAUAAGCCAUUACUGGAGAAGCUGGUUCCAUAAAUGCAUAGCAAAAAGUGCAGCAAAGCUAAAAAGCUGCUUACUUGAAUUCUGAAGAGUGGUCAGUCUCGGAUAACUCUGUGAGAAAUACCCAUCUAGCAAGUGUUUAGACAUAAGCUGUAACUACAGAUGCAUUUGGUCUUUAUUGUGAUCUUUCCUCUGGCUCAGCAAUUGGAUUUUAGGCUGGAUAAUUUUGAAUUAUAUCUGAAAGACAAAAACAGCUUCCUCUGCUUCUUUGUUUGUUAAAGGCUCAGUCAGGCAAAGAAAGUAGAAUUUCUUAUUCAUGUUUCCAGCUUAGCAGAAAAUUAACAUUUCUUGGCUGUGUUGGUGACUGAGCUUAGUAACUCUUGCUUUUAGUAAUUCAGAGAGUUUUUUUCCUUAUGGUUUUUAAAUUCUUAAUUGAAAAACUGAUUACCAAAUUCUGCAGACUGCUGAUUUACUUGAUUUAAAAGUAGGAAAAAUGUAGCAAGAAAACUUUUUACUUUACUGUAAAUAUAAUUGUUGUUCUUUCAGAGUUAUUUAUCUAAAAAAAAGCACGUUCAAAGGAAACCAAAGAAGUGGGUGUGCAAUACAAGCAUGAGGCAGAUUUGAGUAACUGAUACUUUAGUCACCAUCAUGCCAGAGAGGAAAUGAGUUAUAUAUUGGGGGUAGGGGGGUGGGGAGGUGGAGGAGUGCUAACAAUUUAAGAGCAGCAGAAGUUGGUUUUGUUUUUUCCCUCCACUCUUAGGGUGUUUGUUUUAAAUUCCCAAGGAAUUGUUAAAACUUUGGUGACAUCUAAUGGAUACUGUGUGAAACUCCAAGAUGCUUCUGUUCUUCCCCUUAAUUUGAUGUAAUUGUGCCUUUGUUUCCUUUCCUUAGUAAGACUUUUUUUUUUUUUAACCUCUUCACAGGUUUUUUUUGGUAAAAAGAAUUUGCAAGCUUAAUGAGACAAUCAUAAUGUUUUAAAGUGUUAAGAGAAAUUAAGGGUAGGACUAACUAUAAAGUAUAUAUAAGGCAUAUCUUGUUUGUUUUUUAAUUUCACAUGUAACACUGUAGUGCAUGUGUGAGCUAGUAACAUUAUCCUCAAAUGAGACACUUUAUAAUGGUUCAGGGAAUGCUUUUAUGUUUUGUUACAAUUUGUUUUUCUAUGAAUGCAGCAGCAUGUGGGUGGGUAUUCUGUUAACAUCUACUUAAUUUACGUAUCUGCCCAUAACUAUGUAAUCAUUACAUAAUCGCUGUCGAUAUUGAACCAUUUGUUGCUCAGAUUUAAACACUGUUUGAGUUUAAAAGUGGAGUAUAAAAAUAUGUGAACUUUGUUUUUACUUGAACUAAACUAUCAGUCUUUUAAGUAGGCGCAUCUGCAUUUACUUUAGCCAAAAACCUCAAUCAGUGUUGUAUGCACUAUGAGUCUUGAUUUGGGCUGAAGGGGGUGGGGGUGGGGGACCAAAAUAAACUUAUAUUUUAAUUUUGUCUUAGUCCAUGGUUAAUUAUUGUAAGAUGUCAUGUGUGGGGUUAUUUUUUCUUUUUUUUUUUUUUUUACACACUGGCGAUUACAACAGCUUUAAUUUAAAGGAAAUGGCCAUGCCGUCAGUUUUUCUCUUUUUUUAAUUUUUGCAUCAAAUUGAACUGUCAGAGCUUUUGUUGCAAAACUCUUUUCAUUUCAUUAUAUGAUGGUACCAGAAUGAUUAAAUGAUGUGGGUGGGAGGGAAGGGGAAUGCAGGGAAACAUUCAAAUGUAUGUCUUUAAAAACAAACAUUUAAACUAUUUAUAAUUUUGACAAGCUUAGUUUUAUUUUUGUAGGGAAGUUUUUAUUCCCCUUAAAGUUAUUACUGAAAUGGCAAAAAGUGAUGGUUCCAUUAUUAAAGUUGAAGUUGGCAAUACUUA